AUGGACGCAGCGGGCGCCACCGAGAGCACGGACAUCUCAGGUGCGUAUCUUGAGCUCUCGGCGACCCCUCCGCCGUUGCUCAGGGGACCUCAAGGCAUCGUCCUACACGUCGAUGGGCAUGGGAAAGACGAUGCCGAGGUCCUCACCUUCAGGAAAGCUCUCUCCCACACCGUCAAUGUCGGCCGCAAGAGCGCAGGGCCUGGCGAACGUGGGGACGAUGGGGAGCUCCGAGUCCUCUCCGACUCCUACCGCGCCCUCUUUCGAUGCCCUGUAGUAAGUCGUCGACAUGCCAGGUUCGAAUUCACAGAGUUUGGAAACGUAUACAUCACCGACCUUCACUCCCACCAUGGGACACACAUCCUACGCCCUGGGGAACUCGUCUCCACUUCACUGAAGCCGGAAACGCCCACUGUCAUCUCCGAUGGCGAUUUGGUCACCUUCGGCAAGUCGGUCGGUCGGGAUGCUUUCCUAGUACGCCCCGUCGUCGCCCGCGUCGAGCUCGUCUUUGGCGGGGGCACUCCCUCUCGGGCACCCACGCCCCCGCCGAACCUUCUUGCGGGUAUCCCUUCUCCCCGCUCCGCCCUCCUAUCCUACCCUCCUCUUGCGCCCGACGAUAUGGCCGACCACGGCUCCCCACCUCCAUCGGGACGCGCGGGCCGGUACGGAGUCUUCCUCCCCUCUCCCGAGUCAUCCCCCUCAAGCUCGUCAAGCGAGCCAGAUUCGGACCACGAGGCGUCUCUCCCCGCGUCGCCCCCACCCUUGCGAUUCAGGCGUGGAUGCACGACCGGGAUUGGGCUGCACGGCGGCAGUCGCACGCGCCUGAGCCUGCUGCAGCGCCUGCUGCCUCCCAUCCACCAGCUGCCAUUCGCAGAUGCAGAGCUCGAUCCCUUCCCGACGCUGGUACCCCCCGUGUGGUACCCGGGCUGCGACAACGACGCCGAGAUGGAGCAGGAGGAGGCGAUGGUGCAGGAGACCAAUGAGGAGGACAUGGACCUCUCCUCCAGCCGCUCACGGUCUCCCGAGGUCCACGAAGAAGCGCCACCGGUCGAGUCGAACGAGGUCGAGGAACUGAGCGUUGUGGGUGCCUACCCCAACUCCCCCGAGCGAGACUCAAGCUCCCCUGAACCCUCCCACUCCCCCGAACCCAGCUCUCCGGAGGUCGAGAUUGUGGAACCCAAUAAGAGUGCACGUGAGUGGAUGCCGUUCAUGCAGGCCCAACCAAUGGACCUUCUGCGCGGUGUCGCGGAGUCGGUCGAGGACGCGCACAGCCCGGCGCCCGAAGCCGAAAAUGAGCACAUCGUCAUCUCAGAGUUCGGCAUCCAGGCCGGCGACGGCGCCGCGAGCCAGAUCAUCCUGGAGGCAUCCAUCCUCAAGGAGCAGAUCGCGGAGACGUCUGUUAGUAUUGCGCCCCAUGCUUCUCGCCUGAACAUCACUGACGCCCCGCAGCACGAGCUCACUCUCCUCCGCGAAGCGCGCGAACGCGACGACGAGGCGUUCGGCGAACACGUCCAGGACACGAAGGAGCGCAUGGACUCGCUCGGCGUGCGGGUCGACGAUGCGUACACGAGCAUCGCGGCGCACGACAUAUCGCUCCUCGACGCUCAAGCGCGCCUCCAGAGCCUCGGCGCGGCGGUGUCCGACCUCCAUCGGCGCACGGCGCUCGCCGAGGGCAUCGAUGAGCUCACGCGCGAGGUCAGCGCGGCAAAGGAUAUGCUGCUAGAGACGUGCGAGCUGCAGCGGCAGACGCGCGUGCAGAUGGAGAGGGAGGUCCAAGCCGUCGUGGCGCUGCGCGCUGAGGCCAAAGCUGCUACCGAUGAAGCCAAAGCUGCCACCGCCGAAGCCAGGGCUGCUGCCGCGCAACUCGAGAGCAGCACUGCGGCGUUGAAGCGGAAGCGGUCGUGCUACGAAGACGACGACGCGAACGAGAGCGCGAGUGGGGAGUGCGGACACAUCGCGCCGCUGCCGAAGCGGCGCCGGGUCGCGCAGGUUGUGUCGACGAUCGCGCAAACCACGACCGUCGCCGCGCUCGGUGCUGCUGCCGCGUGGGCCGCCCUCGCUUUCUCGUAA